UGCCCCCUGGCGGUAGAAAAUUGCAACAUUUAAGGUGGAAUCGAAACUUAACAUGACAUUUGUAUUCGGGUUCCAACUCCUGAAGUAAGAACACUAUCGUUAAGAAAAGACCACACUAUUAAUUAAACGCACGGGCAGAUAGUAACUUGCUGCCGACACCGAUGGUUCACGUAGGCUAGCUUUGUUCACACGCCACGACACACUUGUGCGUCGAAGCCAACUGGGACGUCAGUUUCGAGCGUCACAUACAACUUCAGCCUCAUCCCGUGAAGCAGAACCGACUGAUAAAGCUAGACAAUCUUUGGUUGAAGCGUUAGUUAGUUAGUUACUUAAUCAAAGAACUUUGCUAGUUCGUCGGUUAAUCUAUAUAUCACCCGCGUUGAUACGAACCAGUCCCUAUUCCCCUCGAAAAUCCAGGCACCCCAUGGAACUUCCAUGCAACUUUCGCACGACGUGGGAAAAGCAUAAGCGCCUAUCAGGAAGAACCACCUCGCUCAUAGUUGCGUUAUCAUGUGGAAACCUACAUGAUGAAAUGUGUUGAUGUCUUGUCAUCACUACAGUAAAGGCAUCAAGGCUAUAUAUAAGAUUUAGAAAAGAAGGGCACAUUGUCUGUGCCAUCUCAAAGGAUCACCAUGGGUAGACAAGCAACCGUUCUACUCAUUUUUCUGCAAAUCGCGACUAGUCAACCGCAGACGCAGAGGGGUGAUUGGGAUAUCCAACGUUUCCAUGUCAACACAACUGUUACCUGUCGCUAUGCCAUCACAGUCAUCACCAGCCAUGUGUUCAAUCGCCAUGACGACUCAACCGAGAUCGACUUCCAUGUCAAGAUCCCGAAAAAUGCCUUCAUCAGCAAAUUCAGAAUGACUAUUGAUGGGAAGAUUUAUGACGGAGUGGUCAAGCCAAAGGAAGAGGCCAGGCAGCAGUACAUUACUGCUGUAUCACGAGGCCAAAGUGGGGGACUGGUCAGCGCUGUAGGCAGGACUUUAGAAGACUUCAAAACAUCAGUGUCUGUCGCUGCUUACAGCAAGGUGACCUUUGAGCUCACCUAUGAGGAACUGCUGCAGCGUCGUCUUGGCAAAUAUGAGCUUCUGAUCAAUGCCCAACCUGGCCAACCUGUAAAAGACUUUAAGAUUGAUGUCAGUUUGUACGAGAAGCCUGGAAUAAGCUUUCUAAAGGUAGAGGGUUCUUUGGCUUCUAAUGACCUGGCCAGUGCUAUCACAAAAUCACAUGCAGAUGAAAAGGCAUGGGUGAACUUCUACCCCACACACAACCAGCAGAUCACAUGUGAUGGCUGUGCAGAGAAUGGGCUUAGUGGUGACCUUAAAAUUAUCUUUGAUGUUGAGAGGCCACAUUCUAAGGGAGAUAUAAGAGAGUAUGGUGGGUUUUUUGUCCAUUAUUUUGCCCCUACUGGUCUUCCACGCAUUCCCAAAAAUGUGGUCUUCAUUAUUGACCAAAGUGGAUCUAUGGCUGGCAAGAAAAUAGAGCAGACUCGAACAGCUUUACUGAAGAUUUUGGGAGAUCUGGAUGGAGAUGACCAUUUUGGCCUGAUAUGUUUUGAUGAUCAAAUAUCACCAUGGAAACGAGAACUCCUCAGGGCAACCCAACAGAACCUGGACAACGCAAAAGAAUUUGUCAGAACAAUAACAGACCGAGGAAGUACAGAUAUAAAUGCUGCCGUGUUGGAAGGUGUGAAUAUGAUCAAAAAUUCUCACAAAGAAGGUUCAGCGUCCAUCCUCAUAUUGCUAACAGAUGGCGAUCCCACUUCAGGUGAGACAAGACCAGAAAGAAUCCAGUCCAAUGUGAGGGAGGCCAUUGGGAAGAGGUUUCCUCUGUACUGCCUGGGUUUUGGGUUUGAUGUGAACUUUGAGUUCCUGCAGAAGAUGGCCCAAGAGAACAGUGGAGUGGCACGUAGGAUCUACCAAGACUCGGACGCGGCUCUUCAGCUGAAGGGUUUCUAUGAAGAAGUCGCCGUUCCUCUGUUGACUAGUGUGCAGAUGAAUUACAGUGGUGCCGCAAACCUGACCCAAACCAGCUUUAGCUACUACUACAAUGGCUCUGAGAUCGUGGUGGCUGGACAGAUCACUGACAUCAACGACUUUAGUACAGAAGUCAUAGGGAAAUCGGCCGACAGCAAGGUGACGUACAGUGACGUCAAGCCCAUUGACGAUGACAAACUGUCUGCAGAGAUGAGUGGCUUUGAGAACUUCCUCCAGAGAUUAUGGGCCUGCCUCAAAGUCAAACAGCUUCUGGAGAAAGAGUUGGUGCUGACCAGUGACGAGAAGGAGGCAGUGAAGAAGGAGGCCCUUGAUCUCUCUCUCAAGUACAGUUUUGUGACCCCACUCACCUCGAUGGUGGUCACCAAACCUGAGGGCGAGGACUCUCAUGUGGCCAACAAACCCAAAGAGGGAGACACGUCUGGUGAUGAUGCUGGACAUUCUCACGAUUCAGGACACGUUAAGAGAAUUUAUUAUGAUGAUUGGGGCUUUUUAGAGCAGGUCGAAGAUGAUGAUGAGGAGGACAUGGAUGUGGAGGAAGAGGACGAAGAAGGUUAUGAUCCAGUCAUAUCCUUUCUGAAAUCAAGACAUUCUCACGAUUCAGGACACGUUACGACAAGUGAUACAAUUGGCAGUGCUUAUGGGCAGUUGUUGAGUGUUCUGUUGGGAUUUGGAGCGUGUCUGUUCGUGGGACUCCUCAUAGCCUCAAUUCUUGGUUUCAAGGGACGUAAACACUCAAGACCAUCACAUGCCAACCAUGAUAACGGUGACUCUCCCAGUAUCAAUCCUGGAAGUUGUAAAAAUCUGGGCGCAGAGGGUGUCACAUAUAUGGAUAACUCAGCAGCCACUGUUGAAAGGACACACGGACAGCCGGAUGCACAAGAUAUCAAAGAGAUCGACAACCAUGGUUGUUGCCAACGUAAAAAAGAAAAUUAACACCUUUCUGUGAUGUAUUUAGUCUGGAGAAUUAGGCUCUUUGUGAACUACAUUCACUUUUUAUAAAUAUAUUCUUAGGCCCUGCUUGUUUCAUAAAGUGUAUGCAACUACUGUAAUGUCUUUUAGGCCUGUGACAGACUCAUUUUAUUACAACAUCUGUGUGAUGCCUGUGUGACCUGUAUUGUGAAGA